UUAAGCUUCGGACAUCUCCCCCCGUCCAGGAAGUCGAGGACGUGUGGCAGUGCAGCGAAUCAUUUCGUUCAUCCAGCUCAGAACUAUGGUGUACCGAGGCAGACCGUCGCGAGCAUGCUUUCUGUGCCGCAACCGGCGAAUCAAGUGUGACAGGAAAAGUCCGGGUUGUACGCAAUGCCUACGCAUGUCGACCCCUUGUCCCGGGUACCGCGACCCGCUGGACGUGCUCUUUCGGGACGAAAGCGACAACGUAAUGAAAAAGGCGGAGGCGGGUUAUAAGGCGUCCUUGAUGAAACGAAGUCGGAAUGGGCACGCAGCGGAUACGGCCGUGUCGAGCUUCGCAGUACGGUGCAAUCCUUCUCAGCCCGUCGAGCAUGUUGCGUUCUCCCUUUUCAUGUCCUCCUACGUCCCCGGAAGCCACUUCGCAUACCUUCCAAGUCUCUAUGCGCAAACCGGUCUUAGUUCUCCCUUUUUCGUCACUCUUCAUUCCGUAUCGAUAGCUCUCCUAUCACACGAGCUCGGUGAGCCUAGCCUCAUAAGUGGAGCACGUAGAUUGUACUCUACUGCUCUCUCAGAAACGAAUCUCGCUCUCGCUAGUCCCACCACGGCCGUACAAGACUCCACACUGGUGUCAGUCCUCCUACUUAGCCUAUUCGAAGCUAUCGUAUGGCCCGGCCUCCGCACCCCGAACAACUGGACGACACACACAGACGGCGCUCUCACACUUCUCCGACUUCGUGGAACACAGCAAUUCCACACGGACCUUGGUCGUCGCUUGUUCUUGCAAGUGGUGAACAUUGUAUACGUCAACUGCAUUCGGCGGAAUACUUGCUUGCCGCCACAUUUAGUAGAGCUCGUCUCGGCAGCCGCCAAAGCGUUCGAAAAGGACGAUCCCCAGUUAGCGUUUACCUUUCUUACGGCGGACGCGAUAGAGUUUUUGGCCGCCGUAAAGGAAGGGAGACAUGGCGCUCUUGAGAUGGUUCGCGCGGCUACGACGCUCGAUCAGCGGUAUGUGGUCUUUACAAAAGAACUGCCACGCGCUUGGCAAUACACGGAGCUCUCUCGCCAGAACCACGACCAGACUUCUGAGGUUCUGGGGAAUACCAUCCACCUGUACCCUUGGCAUCGCGUCGCCCAGCUGUGGAACUCAUGCAGGAUGACUCGCGUCCUCUUGAAUGAGAUUAUCUACGCUCAAGCGGCAUUCCUCGAUGGCACAGCCAGCUCCUUGGAGGAUAGCCAGUCAUCACUCCAGCACCAGGCAGCGAAGAAUAUCCAAGAUGCAGCGUUGGAUAUCUGUGCGAGCGUACCGCAAUUUACCUCGUCAGCUCCCACAAAGGCCACUGUCGCUUCGCUGCUCUGGCCGCUCUCUGCAGUCAGAGGCGCUUCCUUGGCUCCUGAGCCCGCACGUCAGUAUGCCGUGGAGCAGUUGCGGUAUCUCGGACGGGAGUCGAAGUUUCAACAGGCUGAAAGAGUCGCUGGUUGCGGUUACGACAUUGACGCACUUCAGGACGGACUCCACAUGUUCUACGUAUCGUGAUUACCCUCGGCGGAUCGAAUAUCACAGUUUGGCCACCUCGCUUCACCACAGGAACGCUUGGAGCACGCAAUCCGAAUUAAUUGUCGUAUAUAUAUUAAACAAAAGAGCACAUCCUUCAACAAACGAACUACGUCAGCAGCUGUUGGACUCGCCGGGACAGCGCCGCGGAUUGGGAAGUCUGACUGCCCUUCCGUUUAAGCCGCAGCCCAUAGAGCGCCAAACCUUUAGGAUUGACCUAGUUCGGAGUUCGAGUAUGGUCGUAACCAUAGUACAGCAAAACUCUAUAGGGGUUUUCUGGGCCUUUGGGUUUCUUUUUGCUAUUUCUUUCUUUAUUCUUUACUGCUCUUUAUUUUGCGCUAUUUUUUUGAGCUUUAUUUGGAUGGACGCGCACCUAUUUUUACUAGACCUCAUCU